ACACACGAUUUUAAAAUUCCCACGUCAUCGGUGUUCCGGUUGUUCCUGCUUCCGCACAAAGACAAUCGACUGAUGUUCUUUGUCAUUUCAUUGGACCCACUGAUCAAGCAAGGUCAAACUCAGUACCACUUUCUGGUUACGCAGUUACAUAUGGAAGAGGAAACAUGUAUUGAGUUACCGUUCUCGGAGGAUGAGAUGAAAGAAAAGUAUGAGGACAUACUGACACACUUGUCCGGGCCGGUGUACGAAGUGCUGGUGAAGGUGAAGGUGAUCAACAACAGAAAGAUGACGGGUUCGGGAACAUUCAUUGUGUCCCGGCAAGCAGAAGAUGACCGACGCGGCCAUCGUAUUCAAGAACGAGAAACCCGGAAAUGUGCAGCAGAUCAACGCAUCGGAUAUCGACCUGAACUACAGAAAUUUGUGGGAAGCUACGGAUUGAGAGUGUUUAUGAAGAAUGAGUUACUGCACAGGUUUAUUGGGUUCACGGGAGACGAACAGAUAAUUGCGGACUUUGUUAAGAAUGUCCGAAUUUCCGAUUGGACAUGCUGGAGAAGGAACUGGCAACGCGAGGCUGGAAUUGGGGAACGAUUCACUUCAAGGGCAGUGUGCUGUCAUUCGAUGUGGAAAGUAGAACCAACAUAGAGAUUCCGCUGAGUCACGUUUCCCAGUGCAACAGUGGCAAGUACGAGGUGACCGUGGAGUUCUAUCAGAAUGAUGAUGCACCGGUCAGUCUAAUGGAGAUGCGCUUCCACAUUCCUAUGACGGAGUCGGCUGAAACGGAUCCGGUCGAGGUAUCCCUGGACCAGGUCAUGAAGCAAGCUUCGGUCAUUUCCGCCACUUGCGAUGCCAUUGCCAUCUUCCGGGAGAUUCAUUGUCUUACGCCGCGUGGUCGCCAUGACAUUAAGGUGUUCCAGUUUCCGGUAAGCUGCACGGUAAAACACACGAUUUUAAAAUUCCCACGUCAUCGGUGUUCCGGUUGUUCCUGCUUCCGCACAAAGACAAUCGACUGAUGUUCUUUGUCAUUUCAUUGGACCCACUGAUCAAGCAAGGUCAAACUCAGUACAACUUUCUGAUUACGCUGUUACAUAUGGAAGAGGAAGCAGGUAUUGAGUUACCGGAGGAUGAGAUGAAAGAAAAGUAUGAGGACACACUGACACACUUGUCCGGGCCGGUGUACGAAGUGCUGGUGAAGGUGAAGGUGAUCAACAACAGGAAGAUGACGGGUUCGGGAACAUUCAUUGUGUCCCGGCAAGCAGAAGAUGACCGACACGGCCAUCGUAUUCAAGAACGAGAAACCCGGAAAGGUGGAGCACAUCAACGCAUUAGAUAUCGACCUGAACUACUGAAAUUUGUGGGAAGCUACGGAUCGAGAGUGUUUAUGAAGAAUGAAUUUCCGAUUGGACAUGCUGGAGAAGGAACUGCCAACGCAAGGCUGGAAUUGGGGAACGAUUCACUUCAAGGGCAGUGUGCUGUCAUUCGAUGUGGAAAGCAGAACCAACAUUGAGAUUCCGCUGAGCCACGUUUCCCAGUGCAACAGUGGCAAGAACGAGGUGACCGUGGAGUUCCAUCGGAACGAUGAUGCACCGGUCAGCCUAAUGGAGAUGCGCUUCCACAUUCCUAUGACGGAGUCGGCUGAAACGGAUCCGGUCGAGGUAUCCCCGGACCAGGUCAUGAAGCAAGCUUCGGUCAUUUCCGCCACUUACGAUGCCAUUGUUAUCUUCCGGGAGAUUCAUUGUCUUACGCCGCGUGGUCGCCAUGACAUUAAGGUGUUCCAGUUUCCGGUAAGCUGCACGGUAAAACACACGAUUUCAAAAUUCCCACGUCACCGGUGUUGCGGUUCUUCCUGCUUCCACACAAGGAUAAUCGACAGAUGUUCUUUGUCAUUUCGUUGGACCCACCGAUCAAGCAAGUUCAAACUCGGUACCACUUUCUGGUUACGCUGUUCCAGACAAUCAGUCCACCUUCCAUGGAACCGGAGUACCGGAACUGGAUAACCAAUUUGAUUGAACAUGAUGCAGCGAUUCCCAGAUGCGAGCGCUCACAAUUCUCGAUAUAUAUAUGUAUAUUAUUAUUUCUAAAAUAAAUGUAAAGAGAAAAAAUGAAAUUUUUCAAUUAUAUUUUUUGU